AUGGAAGGCUGUGAAAAAAAGCUUCCAGAGAAACAGUGGAGCCGAUUGGGGUCUCAGCAGAACCUGAUCCAGAGCCAUCGAGUGUCCCGGAUCCAGACUGUCCUGAACCAGAACCUCAAGUGGAUCUGGAUGAUGUGGAGCCAUCGAGUGUCCCGGAUCCAGACUGUCCUGAACCAGAACCUCAAGUGGAUCUGGAUGAUGUGGAGCAAUCGAGUGUCCCGGAUCCAGACUGUCCUGAACCAGAACCUCAAGUGGAUCUGGAUGAUGUGGAGCAAUCGAGUGUCCCAGGUCCAAGUGAUCCUGAGCCAGAAACGGAUGUGGAUCUGGUUGAUACAGAGCAAUCGUCUGUCCCAGAUCCAAGCUGCUGUAAAACAGAAAGUCAAGCAAAAAAUCCGUCAAAGCGUGAUCCAACUGCUGGAUCGCCUGGACGAAUGUUUCCUGCACUGGACACCAGUCUCUGAGGUCUGGCCCAAUGUCUUCAUAGGAAAUUACGAGACAGCAAUGGACCGAGUCCGACUGAAGGAGAUGGGUGUUACUCACAUCCUGAACACUGCGGCUGUGAAGAAGAGCCUGAAGGUGCUGUUAGGAAUGCCAAGCAAGGAAGAUCUGCUAGAAAAGACAGCAAUGGACCGAGUCCGACUGAAGGAGAUGGGUGUUACUCACAUCCUGAACACUGCGGCUGUGAAGAAGAGCCUGAAGGUGCUGUUAGGAAUGCCAAGCAAGGAAGAUCUGCUAGAAAAGGUCAAUACUGGGGCCAAAUAUUACAAAGGCAUGAACAUCACUUACUACGGUGUGCCUGUAAUGGACGACCACUUGUUUGACAUCAGCAAGUACUUCUUGCCAGCUGCCAAAUUCAUCUACAAGGCCCUCAGUAACCCAGAGAAUAACGUGUUAUUGCACUGCACAGAUGGCAUCAGACGCUCUCCCACACUUUUUCUGGCGUAUCUGAUGAUCCAGCAUAAUUAA